AUGCGGAUCGCCUGCCUUCAGUUUGCUCCCCAGGUGGGAGACGUCGACAACAACUUGAAUCGCGCCGACUCUGUCUUGUCGAAAGCGAAUCCUGACGAUUUGGAUCUCCUCGUUUUACCCGAGCUGGCUUUCUCUGGGUACAACUUCAAAUCGCUUCAGGAUAUCACGCCUUUCCUCGAACCCUCCGGCUCGGGCAUCACAUCUCUUUGGGCUCGGACGAUAGCCCUCAAGUACAACUGCUUUGUGACGGUUGGAUACCCAGAAAAGGUCGAUGUUUCUCCCAAAUGGCCCACGGGCCCAGAGUAUUACAACUCUGCCAUCGUGGUCAAUGGCGAUGGCGAGACCAUUGCGAAUUACCGCAAGUCCUUUCUCUACUACACGGACGAGACCUGGGCCUUGGAGGGCAAUCGUGGUUUCUACGAUGGCUUUCUCCCCGGCCUUGGGAACACAUCAAUAGGGAUAUGCAUGGACCUCAACCCAUACAAAUUUGAGGCCCCUUGGCAUGCCUUUGAGUUUGCAUUUCAUGUCUUGGAAGUCGAGUCGAACCUAGUGAUUGUUUCCAUGGCAUGGAUGACGAGAGAGGAUCGUCGAUGGUUUAGCCGCAUGCCCAACGAGCCGGAUAUGGACACCUUGACGUACUGGGUUACCCGGCUCGAACCCCUCAUCCGCUCCGAGAAUCAGGAUGAGAUCAUCGUGGUAUUCUGCAACCGCACGGGCAGUGAAGACGAAGCCACGUACGCCGGAACGAGCGCCGUGAUAGGCAUUCAGGACGGCGAGGUCAAGGUCUAUGGUUUGCUAGGCCGAGGUGAGAAGGAGCUCCUCGUUGUUGACACCAACGAACCUCCUUACGCAAAGCUUGUGUACCGACCCGAGGCCGAUGGUGCCAGCAAAAGUGCCGGCUCCCUCGAGAAGGCCACGGACAAGCCGAGCAAAUCAGAUGCUGGGUCGGCCAAGGGGUCAAGCGAGAGCAAACCCGCUGAAGAAAAGAAAGGAUCCAGCGAAGAGCCAAAAACUGGCGAGGGUCCUUCAAAGUCUACCGAAGGGCAGAAGUCCCACCGGACGUCCUCCAAGGAACGGCGCACCAGGGGUCGCUCCCCGGCACACAAGUCGUACCCCAUCCCGCCGUUACCCGAACUUCCAGACGACUUGAAACACGAGGCCUCAUCGAAGAGGCGGAGAGCCCCGCCAAUAACCAUACCAUCGCCCCCGGAUCUGGUUUCCAAUGAGGAGUCGACUACAUCGCCUGAUAUUCCCACGCCGUCCGCCCCCAGCCCAACACCUAUGGCUAUUCGUCCCAAGCUCAUCAUCCCCGAAUCGCCUCAGUCGCUUCCGCCCUUGUAUCCCAUCAGUGCUGCCUCAGAAAGAUCCGAGAAAUCUGUACAAUCAGUGAGGUCCGACGAGUCUGAGGCGUCCGUGCAAACGGUCAAGUCGAACCCACGCCCACCUGAGGACAGCACGCCAUAUCCUCACAGCGGCGCACCACUGAGCGGCUAUCCGGACAAUAGGUAUUAUCCCAACAAGAAGAUUUACGGAGGUCACGUCAGUAUUUCCCGGGCACACGAGGGAUUCAGCCCUACGACGCCGUUUGAGGACACCUCAUCAGCUUCCCCGCGCUGGUUUUGGAGGCCAUCUGACACUCUGCUGAGGACUCCUGUUUCCACGGGUGGGUGGCAGCCUGGGACACCCAUCGGGAGAAAGGCCGAUCCGUUCCCGUGGCCGGCGAUUAAGGAGAUCACUCGCGAUGCGAAGCAGUCUGUUGAGGAGGCUCGGGCGAAAAGCAACCAGACACCGCCGGAGACGAGGCAGCGUAAUUCACAGUCGCCCCAAUCGAACGCUUCAUCGAACAAAACGAAGAACUCCGGGUCUUCAAGAGGGACUGCAAAGGGCGCCUCCAAGAGCGAAACUAUGCCUGCUCGACCAUCGUCCCCCAAGUCGCGCAACGCGAGCCGCUCUCGUACCCAGGAUCGAUCUGACUCUGCGAUGAGCCAGCACGAUUAA